ACGAUCUCAUACUAUAGAAUUCACUACAAAAACCGUCGAGAUUUCGAUCCCAUUUUAUCCAAAUUCGAAAAACAAUCAGUACUUGAAAUCUCACAAGAACGGUAGUAAUGGCGACACCAUGCGUGCAAGAGGUUCUUCCCACUCCUCUGAAUUCCACUUCUGACCAACCUGCCCUCUUUGAUGGAACUACAAGGUUGUAUACCUGUUACACAUGCCCAUUUGCGCAACGCGCGUGGAUCACUCGUAACUCUAAGGGAUUACAAGACAAAAUCAAAUUGGUUCCACUUGACCUUUCAAACAGACCCGCUUGGUACAAAGAGAAAGUGUACCCUGAAAAUAAGGUUCCAUCAUUGGAAUACAAUGGCAAAAUCAUUGGAGAGAGUCUAGAUUUGAUUAAAUAUAUCGACAGUAACUUUGAAGGGCCUGCACUUCUACCCAAUGAUCCUGCUAAACAGAAGUUUGCUGAAGAAUUGUUUUCCUACACUGACACAUUCAUGAGGGUGGUAUAUACUUCAUUUAAAGGAGACCCAGUGAAAGAAGCUGGUCCUACUUUUGAUUACAUCGAAACUGCUCUUCACAAAUUCGAUGAUGGACCUUUCUUCCUUGGCCAAUUCAGUCAGGUGGACAUAGCCUAUGCCCCAUUUAUGGAAAGGUUUCAAGUCUUUUUGCAAGAUGUAUGGAAGUAUGACGUCACCGCUGGCAGGCCUAAACUGGCAACAUGGAUUGAGGAGUUGAAUAAGAUUGAUGCUUAUAAGCAAACAAAAACUGAUCCCAAGGAGCUUGUUGAGUACUACAGGAAGCGGUUUCUGGCCCAGCAGUGAGUAUUUUGGUGGCGGUCUCGACGUAAUACUAAAUAAGUUGUUUUAUGUGGAAGCAGAAGUGUCCAUGUUUAAACACCAGGCCUGUGAGCCAGGAAUACAGAUUAUAGGUUGUGUAUGAGUUUGUCUAUCCUACAUUAAUAAGAUCGAAGUUAUCAAGCUCCUUGUUAUGUUUUAAUUUGUAUUAGUAUUACAUUAUUUUUUGUUUCUUGUGUUUCCUUUAUGAGAUUUGGCACUGUAUUGGAAUGGUUACCAGAGGCUAAAGAUCAGUUUCAGCAGUCCCAAGUGGUUAAUGUGAAACCAAAUCGCUGGUUUUAUCACUGUAUCAACAAGGAAGGAAGAAGUCAAAAGAUGAUUGUUAAGAAAAUGAAUUGCUUAUCCAAUGUUGGUCUAUACAGUAUCUAGAGGUGACAAAUUGAUUUGUUUUACAUGAAAUAUGAUAUCUUGAUCCUUUAAUUGUUCAUUUCUUUGAA